UUUGCGGAAGUCUGACAACAACAUGAGCGGUGCUUGACGCGUGGAAGUUAAGAAUGGUUCGUUUUUAUCUCUUAAUUUUCGCCGCUGCAGUUGAGAAUGGGGUUUUUUGUCUUCAGGGUUCGUGCGGACGAGAGCAGGAACCCGCCUCCCCGGAGGGAGCAGGGGGCUGCGGCUGUGACAAGCUGAGAAGAGCCCCCGUUGAGGGCUGGACGGGGUCGGACGACCCGGCUGUCAGGUACUCUGCAGCGGCCUACGAGGAGACGACUGGGGUCAAAGGUGAAGAUGAGGAGGAACUGCAAAGCCAGAUGGUGUUGAUAUCUGGAGGAGAGUUCCUGAUGGGAACAGACAACCCGGGCAUUCCUGCAGACGGCGAGGGGCCCCAGAGAUCGGUGCAGGUCAACUCCUUCUUCAUGGACGUCCAGGAAGUCACCAACCAGCAGUUCCUCAGCUUCGUCACUGCCACAGGAUAUGUUACUGAGGCAGAGAAAUUUGGAGACACGUUUGUAUUUGAGGGAAUUUUGAGCGAUUCUGUCAAAAGUCAGAUCACCCAGAUGGUGGCUGCUGCCCCCUGGUGGCUUCCUGUCAAAGGGGCUAACUGGAAGCACCCCGAGGGUCCAGACUCCAACGUCACAGACCGGAUGGAUCAUCCCGUUGUUCACGUGUCCUGGGCAGACGCUGUCGCCUUCUGCUCCUGGGCCAACAAGAGACUUCCUACUGAGGCCGAAUGGGAGCACGCCUGCAGGGGGGGAUUAAAAGACAGACUUUACCCCUGGGGAAACAAGUUGAACCCAAAAGGACAACACUAUGCCAACCUCUGGCAGGGGGACUUCCCCGUACACAACUCUGGAGAGGACGGAUACGUCCAAACGUCACCGGUGAUGUCGUUUCCUGCCAAUGGUUUUGGUCUGUACGACGUGGUGGGGAAUGUUUGGGAAUGGACCUCGGACUGGUGGACUGUGCACCACACAACAGACCCGCAGCAGAACCCGACGGGUCCUCCUUCAGGCAAAGACAAAGUGAAGAAAGGCGGCUCAUACAUGUGCCACAAGUCUUACUGUUACAGAUACAGAUGCGCCGCUCGAAGCCAGAACACUCCAGACAGCUCGGCGUCAAACCUGGGUUUUCGUUGUGUUUCUCAGAAGAAACCGUAACCUUAUCUGGACUGGAAUAGAACUGGACCGAGAUCUGAUGACUGAAGUUCAGUGAAUUAAAACUCAUCGGACCUGGCAAUGUUUUUCUAAUCUCUCAUUGUCGCGUUUUGUCCGGUGUGUGUGGAUCGCAGCUUCGGUUUUCUGUUCCUAGCUGACAGGAGGUGGCACCUGGCGUGGUCGGAAGCUGUUGUCCAUCCGCUUCAAGGUUGGACGUGAGCGUUCAGAGACGGUACUCUGCAGAUCUUUGCAACGAGCGUUUACUUGAGCAGCUGACUCACUAGAUUCUCUAUAAACCCUAGAUAUGGUCGUUUGUAAAAAUCCCUGUAAAUCGGUUUCUGAAACCCUCAGACUGGCCUGUCUGGCACCAACAACCACACCAUACCCAACCAAACUUAAAUCCUCAUUUUCAUUCUGAUGCACAGUUUGAACUUCCAACAAACCUUCUUCACUCCUACAUGCCUGAAGUCACGCUUUUUCUGCCAUGUGAUUGGCUGAUUAGCUAGGAUGCCUAUAAAAAGUAUUUAGUAGUAU